AUAGGUGCUCCUCUCUCGCUCGAGGGCGAGGACUUGAGCCGAAUACAGCUCGCGGAUAGGCAUGUAUCCCAGUGUCGUGCGUGGGUGAAACACUACGGGGAGGUAGCAGACUUUCCCCAACUCCUCGAGAAGGCCGAGGCCGAGAGAGCCAAGCUUGAUGUUAACGACGAGGAGAAUACCAAACCAUUAUCAACUCUUACCUCGACACAUACAGAAGCCAUCGAGAGGCGAGUGAACCUUCUCCGCUCCGUGCUCAGGAACUCGAAAUUCCCCCCAGAGCGGGCGAACAUCGAAGCAGCCAUCGCAGGGUACGAGUCAGGCUCAGGCGCCAUCCCCUACUCGGGACAGUAUACGCUCAUCUGGGCAGGACGAAUCGUCGACCAGUGUCCCGACUACAAAACCUUCUCGAGGGACCGUAGUGUGCGACUUGACCGAUACCUUGCUGAGUACGGCGAGGGCUGGCUGUGGUAUGAACCGCCCCUGACAGAAGAUGGAGGGCCUCAGGGGCCGUCGCCCACCGCCAAAAAGGCCAUUUGCCUCAACGGCCAGAGUCUCAUAUCCACCGACAUGGAUAGCAUGGGCUACUACACAGCCACACUGGGGUUUCGACGGCGGAAAGACUUAGUGAUGAGAGAGGCUCCGCACACAAGGAGCAACUCGGUCGCGGCGACGGUCAAUUCCGCCACCAUCGUGCCCGAUCCAGCCACGCCGACGACGUCUAAUGCAAAGCCACGAGCAAGACGAAAAAGACCGGCAAUGCCCGACUCUGACCCUGACAAGGACGGCCCGCGCGUGUACUGGAACACGCUGCUUGACAGCGGCGCCACGCAACCCUGUCUUUACAGUCCUGACCUAGUCAAGCUGCGCAUCGACCCAGACAAGUACGCGGCACAGAGCGCGCGCAUCAUCGCCACGGCCACGACAGAGGAGGAGCUGAAAGUGUUUGAGCUGGACGUGGGCGUCUUCGGCGGCGACUUUUCGACCAUGGUGACGUCGGAGCCGCGCAUCUGGCCAGCCGAGCCCGACAUCCUAGGCGGCACGCUGCCCGUCAUCAUCCUGCCGGGGACGGCAGGCGACGAGCCCGGCGCGCAGCCCAAGAAGGGGACGCUCCGAGAAGCGCCAAAGCGGCUGAGCGGAAUCCUGCCCUUCCACGUGUGCUACGUGUCGAGCGCGCCCGGGAACCGGAAGCUGUGGCUGGGCGAGGACCGGCGCGACGUGCUGGGGUCUGGGCGCAUGCCGGGCCAGAGGCGAGUCCACUGGUUCAGCGAGGCUGACUACGGCGACGAAUCCAACGACCGGUCGCGUUGGCGGCCCAAGCAGGAUCUGGUGCCCGAGCAGCCCAAGUGGCUGGAACGGAGCCUGCGCAAGGCCAGGUCGCCCAGGCGCGUAGUCUUCGAGCACGACAUUGACGACGGCUCGGAGCGGGUUCUGCGCGAGGAGGAUGACGGGGUCAGGAGCAUCAUC